AUGAAGCAUGGAGACCCUGAUCCUUUCGAUAUCAUGAACCCUCUCCAACUACGACCAAGGACUAAACGCUCCGCUGAGAAGCGUCAGCCUGAGAUGAGGCCCGAUGAUUAUUCUCAUUAUGUUGCCAUCUGUCUUGAUGAUGAGGGAAGGGCUGUGCUUAAGUCGAGCAAAAACAUGAAGGAGUACAGAACGCACAUCCUAGAUCCGGAGGCCAGAGGCAGGUUCAACCACUACGUCAAAGCGUUCCUUCAGGAUGACCUGGCUUCAACAAAGCGCCCGAAACCACGCAAGUCGUCCACCACCCAGUCGGUUGAGACCCGACCACGAGAGGAUCAAGCAAAGCCAUAUCCUCGCAAGUCCGUCAAACGUCGACACCAGCUUGAUAUGGACGGCUACAUGCAAUCGUCAUACUUCAUCAACGACUCUGCCAUGCAAGCCGAGCAACAGCUAUCUGGACUUCGAAAGAUGGCAUUAUCCAUCAGUGACGAGACGGCCCAGGAGCGCUGGUUCGCUGCAGCUUUCAAAGCUGUCCAACAGAUUGGUUGCCGCACCAUGGCCAAAGUAUGGAUCAAGAAGAUCCACCCCAAGAAGCAAUCAACCCAUCCAUACAAUGGCAACGUGCCGCGGGAUUCCAUUGCUGACGCUAAUCGAACAAAGCCACCAUACUGGCCACAUGAUACUGUCAAGCACAAGGAGCCGGACCAUAUUGAUAAGACAGAGCGGACCAAGCUACUCGUUCACCUGAUCAUCAACACUCCGCAGAGGCAGAUCAGAGCCUCCUCAGAUGAGCCUGUAUACAUUCGUGCUGUCGAGCUCCUGGCCGCUCUUGAAGAAAAGAAAGGAGACUUCAAGGAAGAUAAAUGGGCCAUCGUCCAAGAAAUAAUCUCCGUCCGUGAUCAGCUGGAAGAGUACAACAGUGGCAACAUGUACAUUGAUCCUAGUGCCACCAUUCUAGUCAGCGACUAUGAGACCGAGAACAAGAGCAAGAAGAACAGCGAACCAGAAGCCGACGAAGUUGAAGCCGAUGCCGAUGAACAGGUCAUAGUCACUCCUGCCUCGGAGGAACCUCCAAUCGCACCUUCUCCUGAAGAUCAGAUCCGUCAGAUCACACAGUCUUCGGCUCGAUCUGGCCAUGAUAUCAAGCCUGUGAUCAAUCAUGACAGCCUCCAAGUCGCCCCAAGCGAGGAUCUGGAUUUCAUCCCGAUGAUGGACGAAGAUGACAAACAAAUGGCUGAUCAACAGGCAGCCUUCGACAUCCAGCAGCAGAUGGUCAACCGCUCAGCCUUCAUGCCUAUGACCUCAUCUCAGAGCCACCCAGCAUUAACUGUCGAUACUCAGAACCUGUAUGGCUUCAAGAAUGCCUCAAAAGUCGGCCGCCAUGCAACACACCAUGCAGGUAGUAUGCGUCAGAAGCAAUACAGUCGCCGUGAUCUGCAGCAACAACAGGAGAUGAUGCUCAUGCAAAGCUGGCCCAAUGGCGACGCUAUCAGCGGCGGACCGAACUCGUCACCCAAUGAUUUCCUACCCGUCGAGUACACCUUCAACGGUGCCCAAUGCGCCACACCUAUACCGAACCAGACCUUCCGCAUGGCAGAAGUCGCGCUUUCCUCCCUGACGGACGGUAGCUCAUCGAUUGAUAUGCCUUGA